AUGAAAUCAAGGCAUUUUACAUUUCACAAUGUCAAAAAUCUACGACUAAACCGCUUUUCCAUAAAUUUUUCAAGACAAACUUCAUCAUCAUCUUCAACUCCAAAUAUUUCAUUUUUACCUUUCAUUCGACGACUCAAACCGACAUUCUUGAACCAUUUCAAAAUCAUUGAUAGAUUUGUUAAAUCCAUAAAGUCAAACAGCGAUACAAUAGUUUUAGAAAGAGAUAAACCAUCAAUAAUAGACAAAAUUACAAACCUCAACGAUAAAUCAACCUAUUCUACAAAUUUACAACCUAUUAUCAAAUACUUAAGUCCCUUGGUUCUACUGAAUUACGAAUUAGCUAUUAUAUCAAAUGGCUUGACUAACCUCGAAGUAAAGUUGGAAAUCAAUCAGACCAGUAGCAUUUAUGAGUCUGAAAAGAUUAGACUAUUGGGGAAAAAUAUCUAUAAAUAUUUACUAGUCAAUCAAUUGAGGAUAUUCAAAAAUUCGAAGUAUUUAUCAAAUUCAGAAACAGAAAUUGAAGCAGACUUGAAAUGGAUUUGGGAGAACUCAAUCAUUAUGAAAUUUAUGAAAGUUAAUGGAUUAUCAAAUUGUAUUACCAUAAAUUCCGAAUUUUUGAUUAACGAGUAUGUUGACCAAAACGUAUAUAACAUCAAAAAACAGAAAGUUAUUGAUGCAACUACAAUAGGGAGCUUUUACACUAUGAUUGGUUUACUUGCUUUAAAAAGCAAUCACGAUAUGAGUAAUGAAACGAUAAAUAAAAUUUUGAAUGGUAAAAGAGGAAUAUUUGACAUUCUCAAAGAUGACUUGUAA